CGAUCCUUCACUCAGCGUGAAUUGGUUUCUUUGUGUGGAGCGGGGAGCGGCUAACAGCUAAGAGCUUAUCUGCCGUUUUAAAGCUGGUGUGGUAAUUUCAGCACAACAUCCGUCCGCGGGUUGUCAUAAGCCAGAGUUCAGACGGAGUCAUUUGUCCGCCACACUCACAGACCCAGUGAACCACCUGAAUCGUCUCCAUGGCGCUGAGAAGAGGACACAUCAGGUACCUGAAGGUGUGUGAGGUUCAGACGUCUCAGAGUGACAUCAGAGACAGUCAGCACACCGCCAAAGGAUCCGCUGGAAAGGAGCUGUAUGAUAACGGCUUCAGUGAUCAGAUGAUGGAGGACGAAGACGCUCGGACGAACCUGAUCGUCAACUACCUGCCGCAGAGCAUGAGUCAGGACGAGCUGCGGAGUCUGUUCAGCAGUGUCGGUGAUGUCGAGUCCGCCAAACUCAUCAGGGAUAAAGUAGCAGGCCACAGUUUAGGUUACGGCUUUGUUAACUUUGUUAACCCUAAUGAUGCAGAGAGGGCUAUCAGUACCCUCAAUGGCCUGAGGCUACAGUCUAAAACUAUCAAGGUGUCGUAUGCACGGCCGAGUUCAGACAUGAUCAAAGAUGCUAAUCUGUACAUCAGCGGUUUGCCGAGGACGCUGAGUCAGCCUGAGCUCGAGGACAUGUUCGCUCGCUACGGACGCAUCAUCAACUCCAGAGUGCUGGUGGACCAGGCAUCAGGUCUGUCUCGAGGCGUGGCCUUUAUCCGGUUUGAUAAACGAGCUGAGGCUGAAGAUGCCGUCAAACACCUGAACGGGCACACGCCCCCCGGCAGCUCUGAGCCAAUCACGGUGAAGUUCGCCGCUAACCCCAAUCAGGCCAGGAACUCCCAGAUGAUGUCACAGAUGUACCAUGGCCAAUCACGGCGCUUUGGAGGACCUGUCCAUCACCAGGCGCAGAGGUUCAGGUUUUCUCCGAUGAGCGUGGAUCAUAUGAGCAGUGGGGGCGGGGUUUCAGGGAACUCAUCCUCUGGUUGGUGCAUCUUCAUCUAUAACCUGGGUCAGGAUGCAGACGAGGCCAUCCUGUGGCAGAUGUUUGGGCCAUUUGGUGCUGUCGUCAACGUGAAGGUGAUCCGAGAUUUCAACACCAACAAGUGCAAAGGCUUUGGCUUCGUCACCAUGACGAACUACGAGGAGGCUGCCAUGGCGAUCCACAGCCUGAACGGAUACCGACUGGGAGACAAGGUCCUGCAGGUGUCCUUCAAGACCAGCAAGGGACACAAGUAGAGUGGGGGUGGGGGGGUGGGGGGUGGGUGUGUCGGUUCUUGAGUUUCUCUGAAACAAACAAGUCAAAUGUUUUUUUUUUUUGUCACUUGAGCCGAAGAGUUUUGAGACAGUUUUGGGAAUUUUUUGUUUGAGUCACUGUGAGUUUCUUUUUUCCCCAGCAUGCCCGGUUUCUUUGACAUCACUUGUUGUGAAAUGUUUGGACGUUGUUUCUGUAAAUUUCUAAAUAUUCGUCCAGGAUCUGGGACUGAGUCAUGCUGGGUGGUGGUUACUAAUGUAAUCUGAGUUCUCACAUGUUGAAAUGAUAUUUUACUGUUUGAAGUUUGAAAAGCAGAAGUUUGUUUGUAACAAUAUUAAACUACAAACUAAAACCUGCAGAAAGUUUGAUACUGAAAUCCUGGGGUCAAAGGUCACUGCAGUACAGGCAACAGAUUUUUUUUUUGAAUAUUAAAGUGAAGCAGUUUGUUUUUCUUUGUCCAUCAACAGGAAACAGUCGGAGCCAUUUAAAUAUAAAACGUUAAAGUUUAAAACGUUGAAGUAGAAAAAUAAUCUGAGCUCAGUUUGUUUUUGUUGAAAUGUGUUGGUGCUGAUGUCAUCAGUGUCAGUUGAUUGAUGGCUGUUUUGGCCAAUAAGCAUGCAGUUAAGCAGAGCUUCAGGUCUCACACACACACACACACACACACAGGAUUUUAUUUCUUAUUUUUACAAAUGGCUUCCAGGAAAAAACGUUUUUAUGUGUAGUGAUCAUCUUUUCUUUUUGUUCUUUUCAUUUGUAUUUUAUUUUUGUAUCAAGCUUCUUUGUGAUGUUGGAAUGUUCAGUAAUAAAUCUGUUUUUGGAAAAGUUGA